UGCAAACACUCGGGUGUUGUAAGCUCGUCUAAACUUCUUGUAAACAACAUGUCAGCUCCUGCCACCUUUUCACCAGCUGGUUGACUGUGCUCCUGAUAGCACCAACAGCAUUGACUUUCUCCACUAUAGAGGACCAUAUAGCCUUUUUUUGGUUGCAUAACUGAUGUUGGCUGAAGAUUUUCCAAAUAACUCGGUGACCUCAGACUUCAAUUCCUCCUCAGAAAACUUUACUUUUGUUUUCCAUGCGACAAGAGGACUUUGCUGUCCUUCCUCUUACAUAUUUUUAGUUUUGUUUGAUUUUCUUGCUCCACAAAUCUCAUACAGAGACCUAGUGCUCUCUCUACUCCUAACUCACGGUGCGCUGACCUGGAGGUGCGGAUGCUAAGUAGCCCGAUGCACAAGCGGUGUUCAUUGCAACCCUCAUCGUGAUUGCAGCUCAUUAUUUGAGAAAUGCUGGCAGUAUAUACUGAUGCACCAGGAGGACCGGAAAACCUUUAUUUAAAGAAGGUGCCUAGACCUGUGGCAGGAAACAGAGAAGUUCUUAUAAAAGUCAGUGCCAGCGCUCUGAACAGAGCUGACUUAUUGCAGAGAAAAGGAAGAUACCCUCCCCCUCCAGGAGCCAGUACGAUAUUGGGUCUGGAAGCUGCUGGGGAUGUCUCAGGUCUGGGAGCCGGCUGUAGAGGCUCAUGGUCAGUAGGAGACAGGGUCAUGGCUCUGCUGUCAGGAGGAGGAAAUGCAGAGUAUGUCACAGUGCCAGAAGAUCACGUGAUGGCAAUUCCCACUCACAUGGCCUUCUCCCAGGCCGCUGCCAUUCCUGAGGCCUGGCUCACAGCCUAUCAGCUGUUGCACCUUGUAGCUGAAGUACAAAAGGGGGAGACAGUGCUGAUCCACGCUGGAGCCAGUGGCGUUGGAACAGCCGCAAUUCAACUGUGCCGAUUGGCAGGAGCUGUUCCCAUAGUAACAGCAGGCAGCCCUGGCAAACUAAAGAUGGCAGCAGAGCUUGGGGCAGCUGCCGGGUUUAACUAUAAAGAAGAGGAUUUCUCUGAAAAUACCCUGGCAUUCACAAAGGGUCAUGGUGCGAAUGUUAUACUAGAUUGCAUCGGUGGAUCCAAUUGGGAGAAAAACGUGAAGUGCCUAAGUACUGAUGGCAGAUGGGUAGUGUAUGGGAUGAUGGGUGGAAGCGAAGUGCAUGGAGAUAUUCUGGGAAAGUUGCUGUUUAAAAGAGGAUGUCUCCUUACUUCUCUUUUGAGGUCACGCAGUAUGGAGUAUAAAGCCAAUCUGGUGAAAUCCUUUAGGGACAAUGUACUGCCACACUUCUCACCCGACUUACCAACUCCACUACAGACAGUAAUCGACUGUGUCUUCCCAAUGGAUCAGAUCGCCGAUGCACACAGUUACAUGGAGGCCAACAAAAACACUGGCAAAAUUAUAAUAAGCAUAGAUCCUUCAACAUAACAAUAAUCCUGAAAUCCUGUAAUAUAACAGAAUAUCACUUGAUCUGAAAAAUAAUGACAUUACGUAAUAAAUAAUAGCUGCAUGUUAUGUAAUAGAAUAUGAAUAAUGUAUUAAUAAAUACUCUUACAUUC